AUGCGUUCCAGCUUCUUCCAACUUCUCAUUGUCCUUCUCACGUCGACUGUCUUUGGUAGUCCAUUCAAUCAUCUUCAUUUGAGAUCAUCUACAGCUAAUCGUGGAAUACUCUCGAGUUGUGAUGUCUCAGGAGGCAAAACGGGACAAGACAGUUUUUAUCCUGGUGGUGAUCACGGUCCAAAGACAAAAUUCGAUUCAGAAGGAAAAUUCGAAGUUUGGAGUCGAGUCAAAGACAUCCAAUCAGAAUCUCAGAUCCGUAUGUGCCAAAUUGACGAUACUGGAACUGGUGAUAUAAUUUUCAUGGCAAAUACCAACUUUGAGGGAAAUGGUAAAAUAGAAGAGAUUGAAGAUGGAGAAAAGGUCCAACCAAUGAUUUCGAUUCAAGUUCCAAGUAACACUAAGUGCAGCGGAGGUGAUGAUGGAGAGAGUUGUGUGUUGAAGUGCAAGAUUGAGAACUCCAGCUCUUCUAUGGUUGAUAAGUGCGUUUCAUUUGGUCACCCUGAGGAAAUUGACAUCAACACUAUCGGUCAAACUGUCUUCGGAAUGUCAUCCCAUCAACAGGACGUAGAAGAGAGAAAUCCAGAUAAUGAACUUCCUUCAUCAUAUCAUCUCGAAACUGCGUCAGGAAAUCGUCACACGAAACGUUCGAUCAUCGAAGCCAGAGCUGAUGACUCAGAUUUGUCCCCUCAAAUUCAAUGGGAAGAGUCUCGCCUUCCGGCUAAUCUUCCUAAGCAGGUAGACCCCAAAGACCUCUCUCCAGUAAAAGAAGGAGAAGCAAAGAAGCCAUAA